AUGGCAAGUCAUUUUCAGAUGUCGGUAAUUGGGGCCACUUCGAGCGCUUUGCUCUUUUCCGGCGUCACUUUGGUUGUUUCACUAUUCGCUGCCGCUGCAAUAUAUAGUCAAGUCAAUUCUAUUUGGAAUGAACUAGAUGCUGAGAUGAGCAAUUUCAAGAUACUGACCGACGAUCUCUGGAAAGACAUGGUUGGGCUCGGAGCAGGUACUCCAUCGAACCGAAUUAGACGUGAAUCUUACGGUGGCUACGGAGCCAGCGGACAGGCAGCACCUGCUCCCUCCUAUGGAGCGGUCAGAAACCCUUCACCAAGCUAUGGAAGCCCACCAGCAAUUUCAACAUGCAUGUGCGCCAUUAAGAGUAAUUGCCCCCCUGGUCCUACUGGACCUGUUGGACUUCCUGGACCAGACGGUUACGAUGGUCUCGACGGAAUUCCUGGACAAGAUGGUCUUAAUGCCGAAGAUGUUAUGAAUGAAGGCUCGCAAGGUUGCUUCACGUGUCCUCAAGGACUUCCUGGUCCACAAGGACCAUCUGGACCUCCAGGAGUUCGUGGAAUGCGUGGAGCCAGAGGGCAGCCGGGAGCACCUGGAAAGGAUGGUAACCCAGGAAUGCCUGGCGAAAUGGGGCCUCCAGGACCACCGGGACCUGACGGGACUCCAGGAAAACCAGGAGAAAAGGGAGAUGAUGCAGAGAAACCACUUGGACGUGCUGGGCCACGGGGACCUCCUGGAGAGCAAGGACCUGAGGGCCCUGAGGGGUCCCCGGGAAGAGAUGCUUACACAGGUCCACAAGGUCCACCAGGAGAUCAGGGAGUCCCAGGAUAUCAGGGUGCUGCAGGUGCAGAUGGAGAAGAAGGACCUCAAGGACCUCCAGGCAAUCCUGGAAAGGACGCCGAGUACUGUAAGUGUCCAGAUCGAGAUUCCGACCAUGGCUCUGCACACAGUCCUCGUGGCAAUGGGUACAGAAGAAGAAAACAUCGCAAACAUUAA